AUGUAUAUAUCUUGCUUUAUCACUGGACGACCUCAUGUGUGCCCCCAGCUGAGAGAGCGCGCCAGCACAGACUGUGAGUUCCGCCACUUGGAGGACAAGGAGCGCAAGCUGAGUCUGCCCUUCUCCAUACACCUUCUGUCAAGAAAUAAGCAGAAGAAAGCGGAACCGCCCGGGAUGCCCUCCUCGCCGAAGCUGCCCAGAAAAAACGUUGUCUCGUCCCCGAAACCAUCAAGGUUCAGCGUGGAGCCAGUGAAAGAAGCCGAGUGUCCUGAUGGAGAACUUGGAAACUCUGCUGCCAAGACACGUCGAUCUGGUCAUUCCAAUAUAACUUUCCAGAAUUCAGAUAAAGUGUCAAGAGUACCAGAGCUGUCCGCCAUUGAGGAAGGGGGUACGGUGACCAGCAUAAGGCAGCUGGUUACGAGACAGAGUAGUUCUGACAGCGCUGGUUUGGAUGAUCUCGAGGACAGUCCUACUUUUGCCAGCACCUCCCAAGUGGACGCGCCUGAGGCAAGUGACAAUGCUCGAAGAAAAGGAUACGACAGUUUCAGUACUCGCUCUAGGAAAUGGAUCCAGGACUCAUCUCAGCCCAAGAGAAGGAAAAGUUGCACAACAGAACUUCCACCGGUUCAUGAACAUGAGGAGGCGCAUGCGCAUACCGACAGUAGCAGUAACCGGGACCAAUCGUGGGCCUUUCUUCAGCACAUGGAGUCAAUACGUAGAAGUUCCGAUCCUUGUGAGGCAUCAUCUCGUGAGUCGACACCAGGAAGACAACAUCCCGCCAUUCCCCAGAUUUCAAUUGAAGAGGCGUGAUUGGGGCACUGGAGGAGAGGGGAAAAAACCGAAAGUAAGAGUAAUAAACCGUCAAGAAUAGAUCUAUCUGCGACAGCCGCUAGAACUCAAACUUGAAUCAUUUUCCCAGAAAAGAAACCGAAUCGAUCAUUUAGAAACAAAAGUCC